GAGGAGAGCCCCCGCCCCCCUUCGCAGCGGCCUGCGGCUGGGGUUGCAGGGAGAACUGGAACUGGGUUCGCCGCAGGGGGAGGCGGCGCGUUAAACCCGCCCCCUCCCCAUACCCUACUUCCGAGGGGGUGGGCAAUAGAGGAGGGGUUGGGGUUGGAGGAGCAGCGAGGGGCCCCUCCCUUGCACCUCCCCCCACCGGACUUGGUCGCGCCCGAAGUGUAACACUUUCUCUUUGUCGGAGGAGCUCCUCUGUUUCCUGUGCGGUAGCUCCCGUUGCGGCGGCUCCCGUGGCAGCCCUGGCGGACGCAGGAGCGAUGGCAGCGACCGAUAUAGCUCGCCAGGUGGGUGAAGGUUGCCGAACUGUCCCCCUGGCUGGACAUGUGGGGUUUGACAGCUUGCCUGACCAGCUGGUGAAUAAGUCAGUCAGCCAGGGCUUCUGCUUCAACAUCCUGUGCGUGGGGGAGACUGGUUUGGGCAAGUCCACACUUAUGGACACCCUGUUCAACACCAAGUUUGAAGGGGAGCCAGCUACCCACACACAGCCAGGUGUCCAGCUCCGGUCCAAUACCUAUGACCUCCAAGAGAGCAAUGUGGGGCUAAAGCUCACAAUUGUUAGCACGGUGGGCUUUGGGGACCAGAUCAACAAGGAGGACAGCUACAAGCCCAUUGUGGAAUUCAUCGAUGCGCAAUUCGAGGCCUACCUUCAGGAGGAACUGAAGAUCCGAAGAGUGCUGCACACCUAUCAUGACUCCCGAAUUCAUGCCUGUUUGUAUUUCAUUGCCCCCACGGGUCAUUCCCUGAAGUCUCUGGACCUAGUGACGAUGAAGAAGCUGGACAGUAAGGUGAACAUCAUCCCCAUCAUCGCCAAAUCAGAUGCCAUUUCUAAGAGUGAGCUAACAAAGUUCAAAAUCAAAAUCACCAGCGAGCUUGUCAGCAAUGGAGUCCAGAUCUAUCAGUUCCCUACAGAUGAUGAGUCGGUGGCAGAGAUCAAUGGAACCAUGAACGCCCACCUGCCGUUUGCUGUCAUUGGCAGCACAGAAGAACUGAAGAUAGGCAACAAGAUGAUGAAGGCACGACAGUAUCCUUGGGGCACUGUGCAGGUUGAAAAUGAGGCCCACUGCGACUUUGUGAAGCUGCGAGAGAUGCUGAUUCGGGUCAACAUGGAGGAUCUGCGGGAGCAGACCCACACCCGGCACUAUGAGCUGUACCGCCGCUGUAAGCUGGAAGAGAUGGGCUUCAAGGACACCGACCCUGACAGCAAACCCUUCAGUUUACAGGAGACGUAUGAGGCGAAAAGGAAUGAGUUCCUAGGGGAGCUCCAGAAAAAAGAAGAGGAGAUGAGACAGAUGUUCGUCCAGAGGGUCAAAGAGAAAGAAGCGGAACUCAAAGAGGCAGAAAAAGAGCUGCACGAGAAGUUUGACCGUCUGAAGAAACUGCACCAGGAUGAGAAGAAGAAACUGGAGGAUAAGAAGAAAUCCCUGGAUGAUGAAGUGAAUGCUUUCAAACAGAGAAAGACAGCGGCUGAGCUGCUCCAGUCCCAGGGCUCCCAGGCUGGAGGCUCACAAACGCUGAAAAGAGACAAAGAGAAGAAAAAUUAACUCUGCUGUUUGCUGCAUGCUGCAUGAGACCCAGGGUCCUGCUUUUUUUAAUCUUGUCUUCAGCAGCUGCACUAAGUCUAAAGGAGAAGACUGCCAUUAUAGAAGAGUUAGGGUUCCAUAUUGUCUCAAACCAGAAAUCAACCAAUUCCCUCUCCCCUCCAACUGCGUGCGCACAUACAUACAUACACACAUACCACUCAACAAGUGUUCAUGUGUCCCUGUGUGCAGGCAAGAAGCUCUCUUCUGACUUACAUGGUAUUUUAAAUGGCAGUGUCUUGUCCUAAACUAACAAGGCAGGAAAAGAACCAUCAGAGCUGGAAAAUGGACCAAAUGUAACCUCAGAGAGACAACUACAGGACCACUCACUCAAGUGUAAGUGACUGGGGCAGGACACCUCAGCUGUGGGUGUGGAAGUGCUGUUCACGAGUUUUUGUUUGAGCUUUAUGUUUUUAGACAACAAUUAUCUGGUUCAGUGAGUUGACUGUCUACAGCCACUAUUACGCAUUUCUGAAUAUGGAAGAGAAAGUCAAGUGACAUUUGUAUCUUCUUCAACAUUCACAGACCUUCUGCAGACCCCAGCAAGGGGGAAAAUGGAUCCACUAUCUGCCACUCAGGUGGAGAGGGGAGAGAAGAGAGGGGGUUUAAGCUUAGUGAAGCAAAAUCACUUCAUUCAACCUUCCAGGGCCAGUUGAGGUUUUGAGAGAGGUUUCUACUCAACCUGGGAUCUGGAGGGAGAGCUUUGAUGUUGCUAAAUCUGCCUUGAAUUCAUUGGUUUAACUUGCAUCAAAAUACCAUGUGAGUGUGCUCAUUCCCAUAUGUCCCUGCCACCAUCACCACCAUUCUGCUGUCCAGUGUCUCUUGAGAGAGCCUCUUUGCAUGUUUUCUAGAAUCUGUGUUUUUCCUUUCUUCUCCUUUGUUCUUUUUGCUCAAAGGUGUGACCAGUCACUGCCCCUCCGGGGCUUUCAUUCUCCAGGAGAAACAUCCCAGAACCAGCACUGUUUAGCUUGAUACCUUUCUAAUGUCCAUGUCAAUUUUCAAUAAAAUUCAAAGAAAUGCUAAA